AUGUGUGAGAGAUGUCGAAGAGAACUGAGAAGUGCACUCAUCAAUUUAGGGAAACUAUAUCCACAUUCGGAAAGCAUUGGUUCUAAAUAUUGUAUAUUACAAAUUGGGAGAGUACAAAACAUGAUUACGGAAUGUGCUCAAGAAGGUUAUUAUUUGGGAAUGCGAUUGUAUAGGAUGCCUGAAUCGAGCAAACAAUGUGAGUCUAUUCAUAUUCCAACUCGAAGUUCUCGUCAUCCAUUGCUGUGCGUCGAAUGCCAUAAACGAUUUCCAACAAUGCAAGAAUUAUACUUACAUUCAGAAGUAUGCAUCAUUGAAUCAUUUGAAAAUGAAGCUAUCAAUGUGUUUUCGAGUAUGCCAUCACUCACAGAACCAGCUACUGCUUUUGUCGCUACUGCACAUGCUGGAAUUACGGCUAAAGGAGAUGAUCCCCCAAUUUUGGUACCAGAGACGAGUGCUUCUGCGAACUCUUCAGGAUCGACAAGCCUUUCACUUCCAGCGAAACACGGAGCAGAAUGUUCACUAGUUAAAAAAACAGAACGAAUGGCAGCAACAGAAACAUCAAAAACAGCGCCUAUUUCAUUAAUGUCUACUUCGGAAUCGGAACAACGGUCUUAUUGGAUAGAUAGUUGUUUCGAAUGGACAAAAAUCAGUUAUUUCAGGUCCCAUAAAUUACCUUUUGAGUUAGAAAAUGCGCAAAUAUUGCAAAGUCCCGGUGGAUUGAGGAUUUAUGUAUCGAUUGAAAGGCAAUGUGGGAGAGGGAGCGAUGGAAUUGGCAGUGGAAAUGAUGGCGGUGGUUAUGAGUUUCAAG